AUGUUGAUAAUUGAUGAUGAUGAUUCUCUUUCGUCUGUGAAAAGCUGCUGUUCAAGUGUGCAUGGAUCCAGGAACAGCAAUUCUCCUGAUCCUGAUCUGAAGGAAAAGGAUUUUACAUCACCUGAAGCUGGAGUAAUAUUCUCUGAGGAUAUACGUCCCCUCCAGAUACUAGAUCUACUGGAAAAGACUAUCAGGAAGGAAGAAGAAAUAUGUACACUUCAGGAACGAAUAACAGCAUUGGAAACAAGUACUCAGUUGGCCUUAGAACAUCUGGAAUCUGUUCCUGAGAAACUGAAUCUUGAAGAUUUCAGAGAUUUUGGGAAUUCUCACAGUCAGAAAGAAAUUAUCGAAAAAAGAUACAAUAAAUACAAGGAGCUUGUGGGCUCAUUACAGCAGCAUCUGGAAGAUUUAAAACACAGACUUGAAAACUUCCAAGAUAAGAAAACCAAAGCUGAUUUUUCUGCUGUCCACAGUGUACCUUCCAACCAGCAAACUAGCAGCAGCUUUAUGACCAGCUCCUUGCUUUCUACCUCUGAAUCAUUUACCAAAAGUAGUGUUCCUUUGGAUUUGAAUGCAGCUAAAAAAGAUACCAUCAGCAGGACUGUGAACAGGAAGAAUCUAUGGACAGAAAAGGAGAAGCUCUAAAGCAAGAAGACAGUGGACAAUUUCACUGUAGAAAUUUCAGCUCUGCAUCUUUAGCUUUUGUCUGCAGCCACAGUCAAGUGCAGCUAUAUUUACAAAAGCAUUUUGGGAGCCCUGGUUCAAGAAUUGCCAAAUAUUGAUAGCAUUUCAGUUAUUAUUUAAAAUGAGGCAAGUUAAAUUUGAAGAUGCACCAUAUAUUGUAAAAUGUCAGAUUGCCUGGUGUCCUCUUAGGUUUCCUUCUACCAGUUCUCUACCAGUCCUUUCUGAAUAUAUUUUAUUGAGAAAAAGAGAAAUAGUGUGUGUCUACAUAGACAUACCUGCACAGACAUAGAAACUUUAUAUGUUUUAACUUCAAAGACUUGACAGUAUUUUGACUGAACAAUAUAAAUAAAAUAUAAAUAUACUUUGUGAUAAUCAGGAAAUGCUGAAUAAAAAUUGUUUUGUCUGUGUAUACGUGUUUUAUAAUAUUAAGAGAUGUGCAUGCAUAACAGCAUUUUACAACAAAAGGUGCCUCAAAUGUAUUAUGCAAUGAUUACAUUAUCAUGAUUAAUAAUAGACAUAGUUUAUUUCUGAAACAAUGAACUGAAUUUCCUCUACCUGAUCCAAGCUAAAAGAAAAAUAUAGCCUAAUCCAAGAUUGGAGGAACUCUUUGUAAUGAACUAUUUUUCUGAUUAAGCACAAGGAUAAUUUUGUUUCUAAAAUCUAAAACAACCUAAUAAUGUAAUGAAAUGUUUUUGGUUCUAUUUGUUAGAAGAGGCUAGAGUUACCGUAUUUAAUUUUGUAUUACAGAUCUAGAGAUACUUGUAAGUUGAUAAACCAGUUGAGAACUUUUGACAAGAGAGGUAUUUUUAUAUGAAUAUUCAGCCUUUUAAAACAAAUAUUUCCCAUAAUCAUAGCAUUUUUACCCUUGCUUUAUUCCAUUUAUUGAAAUGUUAAUGAAAAUGUACAGUAUUUUGGCUAUAUAUUAUGACCUCUGGCUAUAUUCAGCUCUUUCCUUUCUUGACAUUUUAAUAAAGUC